AUGAACAAUCGCCCAACUAGUCCGAUGGUCCAACACGGUCAACAUCCCGCGCCUACAAACGCCCCAUACAACCCAACCGUGCCGAUGAACACCGCCCAAGGCUACGGCAUGCAGCAGCAACAAGUCGCCCCCAGCAUCCCGACAACAAUGUCGACUUCGCAGUACCCCGGGCGCAACCCCGCGGUGGAGGUCGAAGGUGCAGGCCGCAACAAGGCGCAACUCAUCGUCGGUAUUGAUUUUGGAACCACAUUCUCCGGUGUCGCAUUCGCAUUUGCGACCAACAAUGAAGCGCGGGAAGACAUUAUCACCGAGUGGCCAGGUGCCGGAACACACACAAAACAAAAGAUUCCCACCGUCCUCUACUACGAUCAAUACCAGAAGGUUGUCGGCUGGGGCCCCGAUAUCGCCGACGCUCUUGCCCCGACUGGAUACCCCAAGCCUGGCGUACAGAAGGUGGAGUGGUUCAAGCUCCAGCUGAUGCUUUCCGGAAACACCUAUAUUGAUCCUAUCAACCUGCCCCCAUUGCCCCCGGGCAAGUCUGAAAUCGAUGUCGCGGCCGAUUAUCUCUUCAAGUUGCGACAAGCUAUGCGCUCGCAGUUACAGAAGACACUGGGUGAGGUGUUUACUCGUGAGGAACGUAAUAUCCGGUACUACCUCACUGUUCCGGCUAUCUGGAAUGACGCUGGCAAGGCUGCGACGCGUACUGCUGCCAUUCAAGCUGGUUUCUUGCGCGAUGAAAAUGAUAACCGACUCACGUUAGUCUCGGAGCCCGAAGCUGCGGCGUUGUUCUGUGCCAAGUCUGGCCUGCUCAACCUGAAAGUUGGCGAUGCCAUUUUGAUUGUUGAUUGCGGUGGUGGUACCGUGGAUUUGAUCGCAUACGAGGUUGAAGAGGAGUCGCCGUUCAGUGUGAUGGAGUGCACUGCCGGUUCUGGUGACUCAUGCGGCUCAACAGCACUGAACCGGAAUUUCAGUAACAUCUUGCGGGCGAAGAUCCGUAAGAUGAAGCUGCCAGAUGGGUCUCGGACUGCAGGAAAGGUCUACGCGAAGUGUAUCAUGGACUUUGAGAACCGCAUCAAGGCUGAUUUCCGUAACAACGGGCAAAAGUGGGCUGUGGAUGUGGGUAUUGAGGCUGACUUCCCUGAUGCCGGCAUCGAGGAGGGCUACAUGACUUUCACCAACGAAGAGAUCCUCCAGUGCUUUGAACCAGUUGUGAACCGUAUUCUCGAGUUGGUUCGCAACCAGAUUAUCGCCAUUCAAGCGCAGAACCGUCUGCUCCAGAACGUCCUCGUCGUUGGCGGAUUUGGUGCCUCAGAAUAUCUCUUCCAGCAGAUUAGACUUCACGUGCCGCCGCAGUAUCAGACCAAAGUGGUCCGCCCCAUGGACUCGGUGGCUGCUAUCGUCAAGGGUGCUGUCACCGCAGGUAUCACCGAGCGAGUCAUCACCCACCGUGUUGCCCGCCGACACUAUCUGAUGGCCACCCUGCAGCCAUUCAAAGAAGGCUACCACCCAGAGCAAUAUCGGGUUCCUAGUCUGGAUGGCCGUGACCGAUGCAAGUACACCCGUCAGAUCUUUGUCCAGAAAGGAGAGCGUGUCAGAAUUGGCGAGCCUGUCAAAGUUAGCUUCUUCCGUCAGGUUGCUCCUGGCGCCACUCUCAUGUAUGAAGAUGUACUCUACGCCUGCGACGAGGACGUUUGCCCCGAGUAUACCAAGGAUCCCCGCAUCAAGGAAGUUGUCACACUCACGUCUGAUCUGUCGCGCAAGAACCUAGAGACCGACUUUGAACGUAUGGAUACACCACAGGGUAUUUUCUACCGUGUUUACUUCGACAUUUACCUCACACUAGACGGCAGUGAAUUCAGCGCCGAGCUGGUCUGCCAAAACGAAAUCAUGGGCCGGUGCCGUGCCAAGUUCCGGUGA